GCUUUGGUAAGAGAACGGGGCCUUACUUUUUUAAAAGCCAUGCUGCUCUAGCUGAUAGACUUGUCUUUGAGAUUUGCAACACUACAGACCUAUUCGCAUAAGGCUGAGGAUUUUUUUUUACUGAUCUCAAAUAUUCCUAAAAAGAAUAUUAACUUUUGAAAUUGGACUAGUGAGAAAGGGAAAAAAUGAAAUUACUUUCGUUUACUAUCAUACUGAAUUUUGUAAAUGCAGCGCCUUUUUUACAAAAAGUACAGCAGUGCUUUCCUAAAGGAAGUCGUACAGAGGAUGGUUUAGUGAGAAUGUGCACUUCCUGUGUUGUCACUACAGAUCUUGGCGUCAACUAUUGGCCGAGAUACUUCACCGAAAUCACGUGUCACGGACCAGAUACCACGUGUUUGAAUUUUCACCGUGAUCCACAUGAAGUCUCUCCCCCAUCAAUCAUGCCAUCGCAAGGGAAAUGUACGGAAUCCAUAAUUCACAUGACGUUCUUUAGAUAUGAAAACGUCACGACAGUUGGUGCUUCUAAUACACGGAAAGGUCAGUGGAAUACCUACACACAGGACAUCAGGGGAGGAUGUGUGUGCGGAUUUGACAAGAGAUCGAGGAUCCUUCACAAUUUCUUUUAUAAUUCACAACUUCAUCCAAGCAGUUAACACGAGGCCGAAAAUGUUACAAACUUUUAUUUAUUUAUUUUUUGUAUUACGAAGGAUGCCGACGAGAGUCGUUAAAUUCUUUUAAUAUGAUGUGCAAUACCUUUAUUUUUUACAUUAAUUAAUAUUACAUACUAGGAUAUACGUUUUUAGUUGACUGCCUGACACUGUACAUAAUUUCACAUUGAUAACUUUGCAUGCAAAUACCUGUAACUUUCUCUGUCGACUCUUGUGAGCUUGUGUUAAUGUAA